AUGAUAUAAUAGAUUAAAUAUUAUAACAGAUUAGAAGAAUUUAAAAGCUCUUCACUUUUAUAUCAUUAGGUUCUCCAUAUUGAUCUCUAUAACAAUUAAAUUGGUGAUGAAUUUGCAUCAGUCUUAGGUUCUGAUUUAGCAAAGUGCAUUAAUCUCUCAAAUUUAACACUUGAACUUGAGUCUAAUUAAAUUGGUGCAAUGGGUGCAUCAGGCUUAGGUUCUGCUUUAGCAAAUUGCAUUAAUCUCUCAAAUUUGACACUUGACCUUGAGUAAAAACAGUUUAUUUGUUUUGGAUUGUGA